AUGAACUGCGUUUCGGAUGGAGGAUGUCGCGGUCACCGGUCAUGUUUUAGAUGCUCGCACUGUGAUCUCCGUUUAUGCGUACGUACUUAUGCCAGAUUCCGUAGGUCGUGUUGGGAUGUAUGGCACUCAAACAAGCGCCUAGAACCCCGACAAGAGUCGAGAUCAUCACGUAGCCGUUCACCAUCAAGUCAGGGUGGCACAUCCUGUCUGACAACGCUAACGGUGGUGCGCACCCGGCGCCGGCGUCGUCCUGUUGACUCUAAAGAUCGAUCUGCUAGGCUUCGGGCUCGUACAAGUUAG